CAGUCUUUAUUCAACUAUUGGCUUGAAGUCAUCAUCAUGGCUGGUUCUUCUGCUUGGAAAAUCGUGACUGAUUUUGCACCACUUUUAUCAUAAUCCGGACAUUUACUUAACAACAAUCACAUUGAUUAUUGAGAAGAAAGAAAGAGACUGGUUACACGAUUAAAGAUCCAUCUUUUGAUUGAUUACAUUGAUUACUUUAUUAUUAUUUAUAAAAAUAUUGACAAUUAGAAUCCUUCGUGGAAAAGGAAAGUUUCUGGUCUUCCUACGAACGUCAACAGAUUCUGUGAGGGAGGGAGUUUAUAGUUGUUUAAUAACUUAAUGGUGGAUUGGAUGGGACAAUAAUAGUAAAGGUACAUGCCUUAUGUACAAGUAUACUGUUAAAUAAUACCCCAUCGGGAGGUAGGUGGUUCCUUGUGGAGAAGGUGUCGGAAGGAAAAAGAAUUUCUGAUUGGGAAAUACAUGUGUCAAUAAUUACCAUUUAUUGAAAUUCUGACCACAACUCUGCUGAACUGAAGUGCGAGACUAAUUUGUAGGUUACAAAGGAAAAUAAAGGAGGACUGGCCAGCGUGCAUGAAAUUCAGUGUCAACACCAAGAUUAGGAAACGUCUCUCGACCAAGACAAACAUCUCUGUCUGCUGAAAACUACAAAAUUGACAAUUCAACUUGAUAUUAUCUUACGUGACACUCUUAUUUGGUUGGAUUCGUGAUCACGCUCAUAUCCGCAACCAAUCGCUAUAAUAUUUUUAUAGCAAUAAUCGAUCCUCAUGAAGAUAUUGAUUAAUUAUUCUGUAUAGAAGUUUAUUUGAAGUGGAAGUGAAAGUGAUUGCUUCGAGUGACAUCGAGAAGGUACUCACUCCUUCAAAUAUCUGAAUUCUUACGUUAGUCACCCACAAGAAGUGGAUAUCCAUCCAUCAUUUUUUACUUGCCUCCGACCGUCUACUGUCUGACCAAAUCUCGUUGUCGCAGUGUCAUUUUUGGGCUGGGAGGAAGAACACGGUGUGAAAAAAAAGUUUUAAUUCUUUGGAUUUUAUAAGACUGGAAAAAUUUCAAAGUUUUUGGAUUUUACACACAAUGGCGAUCUCCUACUUCUCCUUCUUCCUGUCCAUCACAAUCUUUGCCUCGAUAAGUGAAGGGGGUUAUCCACCCAACGAGGGAUAUGGUGGAUACGAAGUGAAAAAAUACCCUUAUCUGCCCGCCCCUCCGGGUGAAACGCCGGGGUGUGCGAAGGGUGGGGUCACGUAUUGCGAAAAAAUUGAUACUUAUCCAAUGGAAGUGAUUUCCUACUUGCUUUACAAAUGGGGCCGAACUUACCAACAAUUCAUCUCGAGUGAGUCGAACCGUGAUUACGUUCCGGUUUCGAAAGCCUACGGGUCGCCCCUCCCGUACGACUCGUACCACCCGAAGGACACGGGCUACCUCCCACCACCCCCACUCGGCGCCCCCAUAAACAACGCCACCGGAGGAAACAAUAAUCAUAAGCAGUACGUCGAUUCGUAUUUCAGAAAACGUCAACCCGGAAAUGGAGGGUACGAUUACUCAUAUGCCAUCCCCCAACAAGGUCAAAACCAUAAUCAAAACCACCACAACCAGCACACGAAUGGAGGAGGCGGUUAUCAAAAUGGGGGCGGUUAUCAGGGCGGCUAUGCUUCCACGAUGGCCGCCGCAGCUGCAGCGCUCCCCCCACUUUUACACUCGGUCUGGUGGAACCAUCGGGACCCUUCGAGCGGUACCGAGGCUUAUCCACACGUCGCCCAGUAUAAUCAGGAAGGUUGGGGGCAGAGGUGGCGGAGAAGGGCGAAGAGACAGGCGGAAAAUACGCUCUGUCCCACGGUGGGACAAUUCAUCUCUCCUCAAGCCGCCAUGAAUAUGGAUGGAAAUUGGAUGUACGUCGUCAACAUGGGGAACACAGCGCAGCAAUUGGUCCGGAGCGAGGUGUGUGCACGUGGUGACGGUUCGGCGUGCAAUAAUGUUUGCAACGUGGCGCCCGGACUUACGGCGACGUGUCGACAGAAAUACGUGCAAAAGAGGUUGGUCGCACUGGACGGGUCGGGAGGGAGUUUGAGAAAUGAUGUCUUUUGGUUUCCGCACUGUUGCAAUUGUGAAAUCAAUUAAGGUCAGGAAUUAGAAUUUGUGGGAGGCAAAAGAAGAAAACACAGGGGUCAGUUUUUAAUUAAUAAUUUGCACUAAUUUAGGGUUUUGUUAAAACAAGUAAAAUGCUGUUUUUCGGCCCCGAUUAAGUUUUUUUGUGAAGUUUUGCUAUUUAUUUAAGCAUAGGUUACAUGAGGUAUUAAUAAACAUAUUGUAAUUAUUUUAGUUGGUUUUUAUGUAAAAAAAACUGCAACUUUAUUUUUAAUGUCAUCGUGUUAACUAUUUAGUUUAUUAAGGAUAAUCACUAGAUUCAACUAGAAUCAAACUGAAAUCGUAACUAUAAUUUGUAAAAAUUUAAUAAGAAAUAAAAAGUUUUUGUAUUUUUUCCUAGUUA